AUGUUCUAUUUAAGCAGCAGCAACUCCGGCCUCUUUGUUCGACAUGGACUGUGGAUCCUGUUGUGCGCAGUGGAAGCCAUCCUGGCCCAACAAUGUCUGUCGCUAGCCCAAUCCAAGGCUUGUCCUGCAUUUACCGAUUAUCAUAUAAGCAUAAAUCAUCCUGACUUUGUCAUGUUACCGUGGCUCGCCAACAUUAGUACUGUGGAGGCCUUUGACGACGCUUUUUACCAAUACGUACACUCUUUGGCAUUUUCCCGUGAUUUUCUUGGCUGCAAUACGACGGCCCUUUAUCCGCGGUAUGCGAUCACGGUGACCUGUGCCGCUAUUGUGAGCGAUGGACCGUCGUCGCUUCCUUGCAACUUUGAAAGAAACAUAUUGCCGCGGCCUCUUUGUCAAUCUACGUGUGAUGACUUUGCGACCGCUGUCGAAGCACUAGCCCAUACCGGACCUGGAUGCAGUCACCCGUUUCAGCCCAAAAAUGCAAGUCGGUUCGCCAACGUCUUGGAACGUUGCCAAGUAAACGCUUUAACGAGCGGUGCCAAGGACACUGAUUGCAUCCUUGGAAGCGUGAACGAACCUCGGAACUGUGGUUUCGGCGACAGUGAGCAAGCGCUUUGUGCCUAUUGCGAUCAACGCAACGAUAUUGCGUGCUGUCAACGACUUGCUGGAUGCGCACACGGGACAAAACUCGCUACCAAGAACAUUGUUGGCAUUGUGGUGGGUGUGGGGGGUGCAUUGGCGGUAGCCAUCGCAGGCGGUUGCUGGUAUCGGCGAAAAGGAAUCCAUCACGGCUCAUACGAACAAGCCCAUACCGGCCAUCCAUCGCUCUUUUCCCAAGAAGAAGAAGAAGAGAUCGUCAAUACUGAAGUUGAGAACAAAGGCACGAAUCCAGUCAGGCGGAAUACGACGGUUGACACUGAUGGUCCAGCGGAACCGACCAUGUCAUGGGCGGCCGUUGCCCUGAAAGAGAAGAAAUCCAUUUUCGCCGAUUCUGUUGAACCAGCGCAUCCCCAUCCGGAAGAACUCGCCAACGAUGAAAGUGGGGUAUCCAAAGUGCACAGUUAUUUGGAAGCAUUCUAUCGUGCGGUGUAUGCACAGGAACCACAACAUGCGGAUGAAAUCACCUUGGCUCAAAAUGAUAUUGUACAAGUCCAUUAUUACUUUGACGAUGGCUGGGCAUUAGGCGAUAAUAUUAUGACGGGCGAAAGAGGGCUAUUCCCAUUAUUGUGUGUUAUACGCAUGGACGCGCAGGAAGUUCAUCAAAUGUUGGAAACAGCUGAUCUUCAAAUGUUGAUGGGAGACGAAGCUGAACCGUUGUCCGAACGACGACCAUCCGGUGGACCUUAUCCGCUUUCUCCGAGUGAACUGCAGCAAUUGCGACGUUCAGCGACACUUCAUUCAAAUUAUCGAUCUCACGACGCCGUUCGCGGGAACCACGAUCCACUCCAUCUCCCGUCCCCGCGGUCUUUACCCCAGCGUUCCAUUUCCAUGCAUACCUCUUUUACACCCAAUGAAUCCCGUUUAUCAUUCCAAAGACGUUAUUCCUUUGGAGAAGAUUCCCGACAAAGCAUCUCGGCCAGCAGCCAUUUUCUGGCCAACAGCACUACAUAUCUUCAUGAAUCUGCAUUCUAA